AUGAAGUUAGCGAACCCUUACAUCCUGUUAAAACGUAUUUUGCUUUAUCCCACUGGCAGGUUGUCAGAACGGAACUGUAUAGAGAUUGUCACUAAACUGAUUGCUGAGAAGCAGUUGGAAGUGGUGCACACGCUUGAUGGAAAGGAGUAUGUCACUCCGGCACAAAUUAGUAAGGAGAUUCGGGAUGAGCUUCAUGUCUGUGGUGGUCGAGUAAACAUUGUUGACUUACAACAGGUAAUAAAUGUGGACCUUCUGCACAUUGAAAACAGAGCUAACGACAUUGUUAAAUCAGACAAAACAGUUCAGCUUGUGCUGGGACAGCUUAUAGAUGAGAGUUAUCUAGAUCAAUUAGCAGAAGAAAUAAACGAUAAACUACAGGAAACCGGCCAGGUGACAAUAUCAGAGCUCUGUAAGGCGUACGACCUUCCGGGAGACUUCUUGAUACAGGCAUUAUCCAGACGUCUGGGUAAAAUUAUUCGUGGGCAGCUAGACCAGGACAACCGUGGGGUGAUUUAUACAGACGCCUUCGUGUCCCGUCACCGAGCUCGCAUCCGUGGCCUCUUCUCUGCAAUUACUCGGCCUACCCCUGUAAGUAACUUGAUCACUCGUUACGGAUUUCAGGAACAUUUACUUUACUCUGUGCUAGAAGAACUUGUUAACACUGGUCGUCUGAAAGGCACCGUGGUUGGUGGGAGACAGGAUAAGGCUGUUUUUAUCCCAGACAUUUAUGCCAGAACACAAAGCAACUGGGUGGAUUCCUUUUUCAAGCAGAAUGGUUACUUAGAAUUCGAUGCCUUGUACCGACUUGGCAUCCCGGAUCCAUCAGGCUACAUUAAAAAAAGAUACAAGUCUACACAGCUCUUAUUUCUGAGAGCAGCUUGUGUCAGUCAAGAAAUUGUGGAUCAAGUAGAAGCUUCUGUAGAGGAAGCCAUCAGCUCUGGAAGCUGGAUAGAUGUAGCAACUCUUCUGCCCAGUUCAUUGUCAGUAGAAGAUGUUGGCAUUUUGCUUCAGCAAGUGAUGAGAUCUUUCGACAAACAUUCUUCAGGUUUAGUCUUCAAUGACACCAUUGCAGUCGGUGAGAAGUUUUUAAGCAGCUGUAUUGAUCUGUUUUCUGAUCUGAUGCAACAGAAAGCUGAAAAGGAAAUGAAAAAUAGCCCUGUUAAUUUAAUCACUGAAGAAGACUUAAAACAAGCAUCUAUUUUAGAAAAUGCAUAUGCUAACAAAAAAGAUAAAAAGGAUGAAAGAAGAAAGAAAGCAACAGAGGGCAGCGGAAGCGUGAGAGCAGGAGGAGGUGGAAACGCCAGAGAGAUCAAGAUUAAGAAAAGUAAAAAGAAGGGAAGAAAAGAUGCCGACAGCGAUGAAGAGUCACAAACAACUAGCACAAGCAAGAAUAAGCAGCUGGAGUUCCCUUUCCUGUCACAAGAAGAAAUUCAGGAUGUUUUAAAGACCCACAUAGACGAUUGCCCCGAGGAGCUUAUUACAGAGCUUGCUGGACAUCUAGUAAGACCUCUGACAAAAAAUUACCAGGAAGUUGUACGUUCUGUUUUUACAUCUUCAGCGUCAUCUUCCUCUGGAGCUAGCAGAAGACAGACUAUGAAGGACUUGCAGGAAGAAUUCUCUAACUUGUACAAUAACAUUCGGUUAUUUGAAAAGGGAACAAAACACUUCACAGAUGAGACUCAGACUAACCUGGUCAAACACCUGCUGAAGACCGUCUGCACAGACAUUACAAACCUUAUUUUCAACUUCUUAGCAUCUGAUUCAAUGAUGACAACAGAAAAUUCUUCUUCUAUCACAAGUGAGGUCAGGGCUAAGAUUUUGAGUAAACUGCCAGAAGAUACCAGAGGUCCUUUAACUAAGCUGCAUACUUCUCUGAAUGGAAAGAGUUUAGAAGAUUUUCUUUCUUACCUUGAUUCUGCAGCAGAUGUAUGUGAUAUUAUGGUGAAGAAAGGAGACAAAAAGAAGGAAAGGCAAGUCCUGUUCCAGCAUAGACAAGCUCUGACUGAACAGCUAAAAGUCACGGAGGACCCAGCUCUUGUUCUGCACCUGACGUCCGUGCUGUUAUUUCAGUUUGCAACCCACUGUAUGCUUCAUGCGCCAGGAAGAUCGGUCCCACAGAUCAUUAAUUUCCUAAGCAGCAAGAUCCCAGAGGAUCAACAUUCUCUUUUAGUUAAAUACCAGGGAUUGGUGGUGAAGCAACUGAUCAAUCAGAAUAAGAAAGCUGAGCAAGGAGAUGGUGGCAUAACAGAAAACCAGGAAGAGGAGGAAGCAGAUACCAUUCGAAAGGAGCUCCAGGAAAUCACUACCUCUAUCAAAGACCUCGUUCUCAGACCUAGAAAAUCUUCUGUAACAGAGGAAUAAAAUCAUAGCUCAAUGUAUCCAUAUCCAUGGCACCAUCAAUUGAGUGGGAUUUUUAAUUGUGUUUUGUUUUUAAUCCUGAAGGGAAGUAUCACAGAAAAUGCUUGAUGAAAAAUGGUGGUGUUUUUUUGUUUUGUUUUUUUUUUUUAAUGAUUGCAAAUUACAACCGAGGAACUUAGUUACUGGAUAACGGUGAUAAGUGGUGUUCAGCUUAAUACUACUGCAACAUAUAUAACAUGUCUUGUAAUGUGUUAAAUGUAAAUGUGGCAGAACACAGUGGUGAACACUUUGAAUGUGAAAUCUGUUUUAAAUGGGCAUCUUUAUGUGAGCCCUCUCGAAGUGGUUUGUUCAAAUAAUAGGGUAUUCUUCUACAUUGAGCACAGGCUUACAGUUUUGCUCUUCUGGUGUGGAUUUAUAAGAACUGCAGCACUGUGUAAGCCUGCCUAUCUCCAUUUCAAAGGCUAGUUUUGAAACUGUAAUACUUUUAUCUAGUAGUAUACAAAUGAAAGGCCAUCUUUGCUUUUCUUUGUAACUGAUAUAUUCAACUUUUGUAUGAACAACACAGAAAUUCAAAAUUGUUCACUAAACCGCAACAGUAAAAACAAGUACAAGUAAAAAUAUCUGAAUCUAAAAGACUUAGUAUUACUUUGACUUUUCUAAAUACACUGUAAUCUUAAAAUUAGCACACUCACGUUCCUAAUGUAUCAUGUUAAUGUCUCUAAUAGCUCAUUUAAAAACUGGUAAUUGAGACUGAGGAGGAGAUAUCCUUUAGUAUUUUGUGGGUGAGGAAAUACUGUUACGCCUGUUGUAUUUAACAUCCUCUGUGUUUAUUCUGUCGACUGGUCGAGUCCUCGGUCCAGGUGGCAUAGUAGUGGGUAGAGUGGGCUUGACACUCAAGUGAUCUGCUCUGUUUGAGGGAACUUGUGUUAUCCUGAGUUUCUUGAAAGUAAUUGAAAUGUUAACUUUUAAAAUCUUUUUUACACAGGCUUUAUAUGCUGAAAUCUCUUUGUCUAAUCUGCAGAAGCUAAAUAUUAGUGUUUCCCUCAAGUUUUCACACGUGAGUUGUACUGAGCAUCUUGAGGAAAGUGGAAAAGAGUUCUGUCAGUUUAAUGACAUAUAGUUCUCAUAUGUCAGUUAUUUCUAAUUUUUAUUUUUUAGAGAAUAUCACAUUUUCAAAUAUGAACUGCUUCACUAUUACUUAGCCAUGUUUUACUUAUGAAAUGCCCAAUAAUGGUUUGUGUAAUUUCAGGCUUUUUCAUUAAAUGAAAUUUGAGUAGUAAAAUGAGAAAUAUAGCUGAAAAUACCACUGAAAAUCGUUUACCAUUUAUGCCAAAAUUCUUUGAUACCAAAAGAAGCUAGUUUGGAUUCUUUGCAGGCUGAACUUUGUCUAAAUAUUUAUCUUUUCCAGCAUUAUACAUAUUCUAUAAACUUGACCGAAAAUAUCUUCAAGCCUGAAAUUGCAAUAGAGUUAACAUGACCAAAUAUGGAAACUUUGUAAGAAA